UAGAAGAAGAAGGGGCGUGUGGUGGUGGUGCUAGCUGUUAGCUGAAGUUGACUCCACUACUUUCACUUUCUGUCGGUCAGACUCAGGGAGGAGCAGGACUUCAUGGAAAACGAAACUUAGACGCUGUCAUUUUCCUGAAGUCGUAGAUGUAGAUAUUUAACACUCUUCGGCGCCGAUAUUGACAACUUUUAUUAAAACAUUUAACCGUUUAAAAACGUUAAAAACAGCGUUAGUUUCACCAGCUAGCUUUAGCAUCCGCUGCCACGGCCUAUAGAAGGAGGCUAGGUCUAUGGUCUACAGCGCAUGCGCAGUGUAAUUCGCUUUCAGCCCAGAUUCUACUGCACAUGCGUACUACCCUCCGCAGCUAUGACGCGCGUCGCAACCCUCCUUCAAUAGGCCGCGCCUCCGCUGCUAGCAGCAAUGGAGGGCGACGGCAGCAUGCAUAGCUCCGAGGAGAGAGGAGCAGAGAGAUCGAUGGAUGAAUACCUCAAAUCAAUAGGUCUGCAUCGGAAGAAGAUCGCCAAGGACGGCUCGUGUUUGUUCCGGGCUGUCGCCGAGCAGGUGCUGCAUUGCCAAAGCCUUCAUACUCAAGUUCGGGCCAAGUGUGUGGAGUUCCUGAAGGAGAACAGAGAGAGCUAUGAGGCGUUUAUUGAAGGUGACUUUGAGGAAUACCUGUUCAAGCUUCAGGACCCGCAGCAAUGGGUGGGAGAGGUGGAGAUCAACGCGCUGGCCGUCAUGUACAAGAGAGAUUUUCUGAUCUUCCAGGAAGCCGGCAAACCGGCCGUCAACAUCACCGACAACAACUUCAAGGACAAGGUGCAGCUGUGUUUUCUGAACGGGAAUCACUACGACAGCGUUUAUCCCAUCAGCCGCGUUAAGAGUGCCGCUCUCUGCCAGUCCAUCCUGUACGAGCUGCUGUACGACGGCGUGUUUAACGCGGACCGCAGCUCUCUGGGUCCGUGCCAGCGGAGCGCCCGAGCUUCUGACCUCCUGAGUGACGACAACAUGAACGUCUGCGCCAGCAGCGACGAGUCCGACCUGGAGGCCGGCGACGCGCUCUGGGUACAAAGUGAAACGAGUACGACGACUACAAGACACAACAACCAGAGCUACAGGGGCCGCGGGCGUGGCCGGCAGCUGCCUGAGAGGGUGAGGCGUUCACUGAACCCGACUCUGUUCAGAAACGUGGCGUACGACGUCUGGCACAAAACCAAGAGAGCUCAACAGAAGAUGGAUUACAGCAUCGCUGCUGGGAUGCAGUUCACCGUAGGAGACCGCUGCCAGGUUCGUCUUGACGGAGGUGGACGGGUCUACAGCGCCACCAUCAGAGAGGUUUCUCCCAACAACGGCCCAGUGACGGUUUAUUUAGAAGAACUGGGAACCAGGAAGCAGGUUCCUCUGUGAGUCUCCGUCCUCCCAGUGAUGAGAGCAGCUGGAGUACCGUGGUCAACCGAGACAAGAGGCUCAGCAACGGACACGGAGACUGGGAGGAGCGGGGGAAAGGAAGAGGAAGUAGGGAAGAACGUCCUAGGAUCCUUCUCCUCUGUUCCCGGGGCGACAGCGACAGCGCCGGUCUCCCAGUGGGCGGGUGCAGAAGCAGCACUCGUGGCCCCCGCAGGCCACUGUAGAGGAGCCGGGAGGGGCCAAAGCCAGCAGGAAGUCAGUGAGCUCGGUGGAGUUCGUCUGACGGAGGAGCAAGCGUUUGGCCAAAGAGGAGGAGGGAGAGGAACGUGGCAUUGUGUGGAGAUCCAGCUCAGAGACGAACACAGCUUCCCCCCGCCCUCGGGGUGGGGAUUCCUGGGGGACGGAGGGAGGAGGAAGGGAGGAGACAAGAGAAGAUGCCAAGGAAA